AUGGAGGGCUUGCCUCCUGACACCAUGCCCCAGGUCCUGCCUGAUGCUGGGGCUCUGCCUCUGGGAGACAACAUGGGGGAGAUGACCGAGGAGGACAUCGAAGCCCUCAUGGAGGAGAUGGAUUUCCUCCCUGGCCACUUCCACUUGGACCUGAACCUGAACUUUGAGCCAGGCUCCCGAGCCCCCUUCCAAGGCCGGGACAUGAAGCUACAGCGAGAGAGCCUUCGGACGGAGCUCGAGUUUGAGCCUGGGCCCCUGCAGUAUGCAGUUAGGAACCUCCUGGGUGUCUUCACCUUCUACCUGGAGGAGCUGGAGCAGGCUCGGGAGCUCUUCCUGCAAGUGACCCAGGAGGCACCAGACAACCUUAAUGCCUGGGCCAACCUGGCGUAUGUCUAUGAUCAGCUGGGCCUGGAGCAGGAAGGGGCCCAAUGCGCAGAGACGUUGUCCAGCCUCAUGGGCCUGGAGGCCCAGGAGGAAGGGAUGGCUGAUGGAGACCUCAAGCUCCGGGCAGCCCGAUGCCUGGCUGAGCAGGGCUAUGCCUCGGCCUUCGAUGUGGGCUUCAUGAGCGAGAGUGACCAGGUCCAGAAGCUGACUGCCGGCAUUGCCCUCUACGACAAAGGCCUGGCAUACGGGCAGAAGAAGAUCCCGCUGGAGGAGAAACGGAGCUGGUACUUCACAAUGGCAACGCUGUUCAUCAGGCUGGAUGGCAUCUUACUGAACCAGAGCGCUGAGGAGCAGAGGAGGCUGGCUCCUUUUAACCGCACCCUCAGGCUGCUCCGGGAAGUGGUGAAGUCCUCCAGCACCCACCAUCGAGCUCUGGCCUGGUGCUACCUUGGGAUGCUUCUGGAAAGAAAAGACACCUUCUCUAUCACCCCUAUGGGCGUGCACGACUGUGGUUACUCGGGGACUGACCCUCUGGACUGUUUUGGCAAGGCCAUAGAGAUUGCCAAAGACCAUGCACCCAUCUUGAACAGACUGGCCAAGAUCUUCCAUUUCCUGGGGAAGCAAGACAUGGCCAUCGGCAUCUGCAACAUGGCUCUGGACAUCCUGCCAGAUCCUGAGCUCAACUGGCAGGCUUACUGCACCAGGGCCAAGAUCCACACCAAGGCAUACCUGCGUGACUUGGAACGGGCCAAGGCCGGGCUGGGAGGUCUGCCAGAUAGGAAUCACCUCACUAUAGCCAAGGAUGACCUGGAGGAGGUGGUCAAGGUGUGUCCAGGCCUAAAGACCUACCUGGACAUUGGUCAGGUCUACUAUUACAUGGGGGUGGACGCCGUGAAGGAACUGCUGGCCGUGGAUGAGUCCGCCCUGAACAAGGCCUUGGUUUUCUUCUCCAAGGCCAUGGAGUUGGACAUGGGCGAGACUCUGCCCGAAAUCCAGCUACUCCGAGGCAAGUGCCUGAGGAUUAAGGGCGAGGAACCCAACGCCGUGGAGUGCUUCAAACGCGCCAUCGAACUGGACGAGAGCGGGUCGCGCCACACGGAGGGCUUCCGCUGCCUCCUGGAGACCCUGCUGGCCCUCCUGAGCCAGGCCCGGCUGAGCGUCAGCGAGCUGGGCCAGGAGGUGGACCUGUGGGUGCGCAAGGCCGAGGGCAAGUACCCGGCAGAGCGAGUGAGGCAAGAGCUCCAGCGCGUGUACCGCAGCCACACAGCCGAGGUGGUGGCCCUGUCCAAGGCCAUGGUGGCUCAGGGAAGGCUGCAGCUGGUCCGGCUGCUGUUUGACAGCAUGGGCGACACCUGGAGGAAGCCGCAGCUGGGCGAGAGGUCCUUCUCCUUCUGA